UAAUUUCCAAAAAAAAACGUCCAUCAGCAGCGUGAGUAAAAUAUGCUGCCUUCACCAUAGAGAUUUGAUAUUGGCUACCUAGGGUUUCACUGACAAUUUGGAGAGUAGCCUACAACAACACAUGGAUAUAUAGUUACGUUUACUGAGGUCUGACUCAGGCUAUGUUAGGCUCUUCCUAUUAGACAUUCUCUGGCUACGUAUUCUUUCCUAUGAUUCUUUCCCAUCCACUUACAAUGGACACCACACUUCCUUGCCUGACAGCACUUCCGCGUUUUCGUCAAAUGGACUCAUGAUGUCGGAGGGUGAUGCCCAAGCCGAACUUCAGGCCCUCAUGGAGAGGAGGAUGUCAGAUAAAGAAACAAUAACCUUGCCUUUAGGUGAUUCUAAGGAGGCCAAUGGCACCUUGUUAGAACCACUGAAGGCUUGGGACCUCUGUCAUAGUGAUGAGUCAGGGGGAAGCUGCCACCCACCCUCCCCCUCCCUAAAGGCGUUCGGUGCAGAGAGGCAAAGGGGAAGACACAUUGACAACAUGGCUAUGCAACCAGACAGACCAACAUGGAGCAAACAGAUAGAGUUCACCCUAGCUGGGAUUGGGAAUGCUGUGGGUCUAGGCAAUGUUUGGAGGUUCCCCUACUUGUGUUACAGAAGUGGAGGAGGGGCUUUCCUGGUUCCUUACCUCUUCAUGCUGCUGGUUCUGGGAAUACCAUUACUUUACAUGGAGCUGAUAGUAGGCCAGUACCUGAGGAAGGGACCUGUUCAUGUCAUGGAGAAAGUGUGUCCGCUGCUUAAAGGUGUAGGCCUGGCAACUGUAGCCAUCUCCUUCAUCAUGUGCACUUACUACAACGUCAUCAUUACCUGGUCACUCUACUAUCUCUUCAGCUCUUUUCAGAGCCCUCUGCCCUGGCAGAGCUGCAACAACACCUGGAACACCCUAAACUGCACUGAUCAUGUUACUAACAGCUCCUACUCCACCACUGCCAGCCAGCAGUUCUUCAAUCGUAAAAUGCUGGAUCGGACGGGGGGGCUAGAGGAGGCAGGGACCCUCCGAUGGGAGCUCUUCCUGCUGCUGCUGCUUGCCUGGAUCCUCAUCUACCUCUGCAUCUUCAAAGGGAUCAAGUCUACUGGGAAGGUGGUCUACUUCACAGCAAUCUUCCCCUAUGUUAUCCUUAUUGCUCUUCUGAUCAACAAUGUGCAGCUGCCUGGGGCUAUGAAGGGCAUUAACUUUUUUAUUCUGCCUGUGUGGGAAAAACUGCUGUCACUUGAGGUAUGGGUCAACGCUGCUGCACAGAUCUUCAAUUCCAUUGGGAUUGGAUUCGGUGGCCUUAUGACUAUGUCCAGCUAUAAUUCUUUCAACAACAACGUUCUUAAAGACACUUUGGCAAUCUCCAUCAUAAACUCCCUGACCAGCAUUCUCGCUGGCUUUGUCAUUUUCUCAGCCUUUGGCUACAUGUCACAUCUGCAAAACAUCCCUGUUAGUGACCUGGCUGUGGACGGUCCAGGGCUUGUGUUUGUUGUGUAUCCCCAAGCCUUCGUCACCAUGCCAGUGGCUCCAUUCUGGGCCAUCAUCUUCUUCUUCAUGCUGCUGUGUCUCGGCCUGGACAGCGAAUUUGCAAUGGUGGAAGUCAUGGUAACUAGUUUGAUGGAUGGCUAUGGUAAACCGCUACUAAAGUAUUUCAGACUGAAGGAGAUACUGGUGCUGAUGGUCUGCUGUACUGCUUUUCUGCUGGGGAUACCUCAUGUCAUGCAGUGUGGGAUCUACAUAUUCCAGCUGAUGGACCAUUACACAGCUAUAGUGUCCAUCAUCUUCCUCGCAUUUUUUGAAGUGAUUGCAAUCUGCUGGGUUUUUGGUGUGAGACGGCUUACUGAUAGUCUUAUUGAGAUGACCGGGAAACCACCCUCCAUCUUCUUCAAAGUGUGCUGGUGGAUAAUAUGCCCAGUUUUGAUUGGAGUGAUCCUAGUGUUCUCAGUCAUCCAGUUUAAGCCGGCUCGCUACGAGGAUUACGUUUACCCACCCUGGGCUCAAGGAGUGGGUUGGGUGAUCGCUUUGGCCUCGAUCAUGUGGAUUCCACUGGCAGCCAUACAUACUUUGUGGGUCCUUCCUGGUUCUUUCAUGGAGAGAAUACGCAGGUCCCUCACUCCCUUCGGUUUGGAAAAGGUUCCAACCAUCCACCCAUCAGGAAGUAGAGAGUUAGUUCCAGAAUUGGCUGUGAAGCUUUAAAAGGGACAGCCAUUUGGGAAAGCUCUCUGCCUUGUCACCAUCACUCUCUAGACCAACCCUACUCCUUUCGUUACCACAUUACACUUCAACUUUUCAUCUGCUUGUUUGAGCGUCAAACAAAAUGGGGAACCCCACUCCCCUCCCAUACUAUUCAUUAGGUAGAGGAUGCAAAGACAUUCCGUGGUGUGAUUGGAAGGCUACAGAUCUUUUUGUAUUCAUUCAGUUUACACCAUGGCUGUGGGCUCACUACUGUUGUAGUACUUCUCCCCAGGAGACUGUAGAUACUUUUGCAGAUCAGCUGUAUAUCCUCCCAUCUCCACCUCAAUCAAGGAUCAAUUGUGGACGUACAGGAGCUCUGCACGGCAGCCCUCAGAGCUAACUGAGGAUUUAUUACUGUAUGGUCGUCCCUCUGCGGGCUCACCAGGGUGUGGAUGAUUAACUUAGCUGGUAAAUUAUGUUAAAAGGGGAAGAUUUUUUUUUUUUUUUUUUUUUUAAAUGGAAAAUGUUUCUUUUUGUAUAAUCAGCAAGAGCCAAAGUGUUCUAUUUAAAAAGAAAGCGGUUUGGGGCCAGUGGGGCCCCACUUUUGGACAUAUUUGAAUACUACAUAUUUUCAACAGAUUUGUUACUACAAACUUUUAUUUAUAUUUAUUUAGAUAUAAAUACAUUACUUCUGUGUGAUUUUUUGGUAAGAAAUAAAUUCAUAUCAGUGCUUCCAGUGGACCUACUGUAUGUAGAUUGAGUUUUUAGUUUGACUCAUCUUAGUUUAGAGUUUUAUAAACUCUUUUAUAAACUCGUUUUUUAAUACUGCGGAGUAAUAAGAAUGUUGUGUUCAAAUGUCUAUUCAGCUGUUAUUUUCCUUUUGAUCACAAGUCUCCGUUGUCCAAGAAGAGAUAAGUUAUUCAAAGUCCAAAGGGGAAUGUCUUAAUUGUGACCAAAGUGACCGAAGGAAGGCUCAUGUUGUCUGUGUUAUCUCUCAGCAAAGUUGCUUAACAAACUGGCGGUAAACUAGGACAGAAAAGAAUAACUGAAUUUUACAUCACUGAACAUGUUUAAAUAACCAUGGGUAAAGGGCUGCAUACAUUUCUGUAAUCUUUCAUUAUGUGCACUACUGUGGGAUUAUAUUUGUUUGAUUUUACUUGUAUGUUAAUUGCUUACUUGGUAUGUUUUUGUAAAAUCUGUGUUUUACAUGGCCUACAACAACUGUUCAUUUUAAGAGUAA